AUGUACGAAGGGAUUGACAACCUGAAAUCCCUUUACGACCGUGCCGGGAAGACUUUCUCCGGCGGUCCUUCUGCGGCACAGGAUGUGCCGCGUCGUACUGCUCAACCAGACCCAGUACGUCGAUCAUCAGUUGGGAGCGGGGCUCCCAAGAAUCCCAGGACGGGGGAUAGCCGCGCCACCGGACGAGAUAACUCGUCUGACGUCCGUUCACGUCGCGUUGGUUCAACAGCUGCUCAACUAGAUAGCGCUGGCCACCGCGAGAGUCCUCUAAUGAAGGUGGAGGAGGAGGAAAGACGCUCUCCACACGAUCAUGUGGAUCGGUGUGUUCCCGAGAGCUUCUUUGAUCGCGUAACGCAAGGGUUACGCGACGAUCUCGAACAUGAGCGGAAUAGGCGUCUCCAAAUGGCGGACACUGCCUCGAAGCAUCGAGCUGAGUUUGCCUUUGCUCAGCUUGAGAACGAGAGAUCUCUGACAUCUCUUCGUGACGAGCUAAGGGUAGCUCGUGGGAUUGCUGAUCGGUCUCGGGAUGAGAUAGCUGCUCUUCAGACCCUUGUUGAUGCCCACCAUCGGGAGCACAAGGCUCUCUGCGAGAUGCUAGAGCGCAAGGGCGUUCUCCAUCGGAAUAAGCAGCGUACUGAUGGUACGGCUUAA